GACCAAUGUCCUGGGCAUAAAUUGGAGGUUUUUCGUGGACGACACGAUCCGAGUCUAGCGCUCCUCCAUCUUUUCUCUCUCUGUUAAAAGGAAAAAAGCUCUCAUCUUUUUUUAGCCAUUAGUCUUCAUAUGGCAAUGGAAGAUCAUCAUCACUAUGGCAUGGCUGAUCUACGCCAGUUCAUGAACACCAGACCCCAUUUUCCGCCUAUUCCACACCACCCAGACCUCUUCCCCGCCCAUCAUCACCACCGAACUCUCACUCCAGCUCAACCUUACGACUUGAUGAUGGUGGGUCGUCAAGUUACUCAUGACAUGAUGUCUCGAGGCCUUCAUGAUUUUGUUACUGAUUCUGCCGCUCCUCCUCCUACUACUACUGCGACCAACACCAACACUGUUGUGCCUACUUCCAAUGCCACUCUCACUGGCUUAGAUGCCGACGCCGCUUGCCUGGGAGGCGAUGCCUCCACCGGAAGGUGGCCCAGACAAGAAACCCUCACCCUUCUUGAAAUCAGAUCUCGUCUUGAUUCAAAAUUCAAGGAGGCAAAUCAAAAGGGUCCAUUGUGGGAUGAGGUUUCAAGGAUAAUGUCCGAAGAACACGGCUACCAAAGGAGUGGAAAGAAAUGCAGAGAAAAGUUUGAGAACUUAUAUAAAUAUUACAAGAAGACCAAGGAAGGGAAGGCUGGAAGGCAAGAUGGUAAGCACUAUAGAUUCUUCCGACAGCUUGAAGCCCUCUAUGGAGACACCAGUAAUGCGGUCUCAGUCCCAGAAAAUCACCUUGCUGGAAGUAGUCUCACAUUCCAUACUGCAACCAACCUUAACAUAGCCACACAGAAUCAAGAAAUCUUUCAAACCCCGAAGCUUUGUGAUAGUCUUAGCCUCUCUAACUCCUCUGACUUUGAUACUUCCUCUUCUGAAGAUGAUGAUCACAAUAAUACUGGGCCGACGGAGAAUGGUUCAACCGACAAGAAAAACAGGAGGAGUCGAAGGAGCUGGAAAGUGAAGAUUAAGGACUUUAUUGACUCACAGAUGAGGAAGCUCAUGGAGAAACAAGAGGCAUGGUUGGAGAAAAUGCUGAAGGCUCUUGAACAUAAGGAACAAGAGAGGAUAUUAAGAGAGGAAGAAUGGAGGAAACAGGAGGCGGCUAGGUUAGAUAGAGAGCAUAAGUUUUGGGCCACUCAGCGAGCAUGGAUUGAAGCUCGUGACGCUGCUCUGAUGGACACCUUGCAAAAAUUAACUGGUAGAGAGCUAAAGGUUCCAUCUCCAGAGGAGCUAAUGGCAACCCAACACCGAAAUCCUGGGGAAAGGCAGAAUGAGAAUGGAAGUGAAACAGUGAGCAACUCCGUGAAGGGUGACAGCUGGCCAGAAUCUGAGAUUACAAGGCUAAUGCAACUGAGAACCAACAUGGAAUCAAGGUUUCAGCAAGCUGGGUCUUCAGAAGAGGUUCUCUGGGAGGAUAUUGCAGGCAAGAUGGCUUGCUUGGGGUAUGAUCGGAGUGCCAUAAUGUGCAAAGACAAAUGGAAUAGCAUCAAUAAUUAUCUUCUGAGAACCAAGGAGUGUAACAAGAAACGCAAGGAAAAUUCUAGAAGUUGCACUUACUUUCUGAGCAAUGAAACAUUAUACAAUCAAGGAGGAGCCUACUGUGAAAUCAGUGAGCCAGGCCCGGAGAUGGCCAGACUUCAACCUAAUGAGGGCUCCCCGCCUUCUAAUUCUAAUGCUGGCAGUGCAGUGCCUGAUAGCUGCUUUCGCUUCCUGAUGGCGGAUGGGAAUCUAUGGGAGAAUUAUGCCUUGAAGCUCAACAAGGGAGACAACCAGUGAGUUAAAAACAAAUGACAAUUUCUGAUCAGGAGGUAUGUAAAGUGAGGGACAAGGUGGCUGACUUGUUGAGAGGCAAGGGAUUUGAUAAUGCUUCUCUUUAGAUGUGGGACAUACUAUGUCUAAGCAAGUAGCUGACUGAGAAUUUAUAUAUAGAGAUUUGAUGUUUAAUGGGGUCUUAGGGGAUGAACAUUUCAGGAGGAAAAAUAAUGGAUUUUUUCUCAUGAGUUUAAUAGGGAGAGGAGUCUCAAUAUUGAUCUUCAUUAUGGGGUUUUCUGAAACUUUCUUUUUAUGCCAAAAUUUUCCUUUGUACAUGCAA